ACGCCUGGUGUUGUCAAUGAAUGUCACUUUGCUGGGCAGGGAUGCGGUGCAGAGCUGUGAUGGCGGGGAUCUGCGGCCUGAGGGCCAUACGGGGCAGGUUCUACACUGUUGCUGCAGCCACUAAGCUGUCCAAUGCUGAGAUUUCACAGAGACGCUCGACACUGUAUGAUAAAGAGAAGGAGAGGCAGCUAUCCUUGCAUCCUCUAACUGAGAAGAUAGAGGUGACCCAUGUUGGGAAGACCGAUCCUGGAACUAUUUUUGUGAUGAACAAGGGGAUCUCCACUCCUUACAACUGUGCCAUGCAUCUCAGUGAAUGGUACUGCGACAAGUCUGUGUUGGCAGUGGUGGACGGCGAGGUUUGGGAUAUGUAUAAACCUCUCACUAAAUCCUGUAAUAUCCAGUUCCUUACCUUCAGCGAUGAAGAUCCAGAAGAAGUCAAUAAGGCAUAUUGGCGUUCCUGUGCGGCAAUACUGGGACAUGUGUUAGAACAAGCGUUCAAAGAUGAUUACAUGGUGAAUCUUGUCCGAGCUCCAGAGAUACCUGUGAUCUCUGGAGCAUUCUGCUACGACAUGGUGUUGGACCCGAAGCUAGACGAUUGGAAGCCGACAAAGGAGAAUCUGCAUUCUUUCACCAGGGACGCACUUAAACUGAUCAGCAAAGAUCUGCCUUUUGAGUGUCUUGAAGUAGAAGAAAAAGUUGCCAGAGACAUAUUUCAGCACAAUCCGUACAAACUGAUGUGUCUGGAGGAGAAAGCCGCUAAUCAUCCUGAAGGAAAGGUAACCCUGCACAGAUUUGGUGAAUUUGUUGAUCUCACCGAAGGUCCUCACAUACCCAGCACAAGUGUUUGUAUGCAGUAUGAGGUCACAGCAGCACACUCAAUCGUUCAUAUUUCUACAGAGCAAGUUAGACGGUUUCAGGGUCUCUCUUUACCGUGGCACUUGAAGGCUCAUCACACAGUCUGGAAUAAGCUGAGAAUAAGAGCCCAAAAGCUGGUCACAGAGAAGCAGAGUACACAGCCUGAGCCUGCUGUAUAAUUCAGAUAACACUUUGUUUUUCUCGUCUAUUUUUUUUCUACAUCAUUUUUUUUUUCUUUCAGAAAAUAAACUUUUUUUUUUUCCUCUC